CAAACUACUUGUUUACCUCUAGUGUGUGUGUUAAACGUCGUCGGUGAAAAUGAAUUUCGCGCAAUCAUUCAUACUCAGUUAUGUCUUUUUUCUACAUGUAAACAACAUUUGUUGUGAACAUGGAGAGGAUUCAUGGCUGGAGCCGGAUGCUUGGACUUUGGAGCAAUUAAAUGAUGUAUCUAGCUGCAAGUGUCAAUUGGAUUCCUCCGAUGCCUCACAAAUUCAUCCGAUUCCUGAAAAAGUAUCAACUGAUGAGGUAGCCUUUGUGUAUUUUAAGAAAUUAAUUUCUGUUCUUUUCGACCGCAAGCACUUAAUGUUUGACGCCUCACUUCAGAGAUAUGAGAGGUCGAUGUCAUUUUCACUUCAAUUGUCUCAAUUGGAAAAAUUGGAACGCUUACAAGAUCCGAGGGAUUUGGACAACGUCCUAAUGGAAAUAUUUGAAAAUACUAGGCACGUGCCAAAUUCGUUCAAUCAGUGCGCCUCUCCUACUUCUGAAGCAGCCGGUUUUGUUGAAUUGAUUGCUGAUAUCUUAAGGGAUGUGUGGCACCUCACACAAACGUCAGAAAUUCGUUUUCUCCUAAUUGUUUUAAUUGUGGUUUUGUGUGGAUGGCUUUUGAACAAACGUUUUCGAAUUGGUUUAUUGGCACUGCUUGGUGGAGGCCUGUUUGUGUUUGGAUAUUUGCACACGUACUUGGAGUGCAAUAGGGAGUUAGAAGUUAAUGAAAUGCUCGAAGUGUUGAAUCGAAAUAAGCUAUCGCAGGGCGAAGAAGAAAAGUCGCAUUUUUUUGAAUAUAUUAAAGGUUUUCUUCCAUUUUCAAAGUCAGAAAGUAUUGACAACAAAGAUCUUUUGAGGAAAUCAACAAAAAUAUCUUUAGGCUUUUGCCGGCCCGAUCAUGUUCUAAUUAUGUACUUCAAUGAUAUAUUUUUGAAAUACCUGGAAGUUCUAUUGGAACAAUGCACAAAAACCUUAACAUCUUUACGGGAGAAUUUAUCAUUCCCUUCCUACAUAGUAGCGUCAAUUUUUUUAAUAAGUAUUAUUGGAUUUGUCAUUAAAUUAACCUUUCAGUACAUACUGAGCCCAGCAGUUUGGUCAAAUAUAUUACACAGUGGGUCUGAUAAACAUCGGACACAUCGUUAUAGUAAUAAUGCAGCUUUAGUACAGGGAAGCGCAAAUACCGGAGGCGACCAAAUAUCGGGGGAAAAUCUAAAGCUAUUGUUAAAUGCCAUAAAUACAGCUCCUCUUCGGCAGUUGCCAAUGAACGCCGUGUCAGGCGUACAGGAGGUGAAGGAAUGUAUAGAAGCUCCCCAAAGUUGCGAGGAUGUAAAACCCAUUAUUAUCCAAAAGAAGAAUCCUCCUACUAGCCAGGAUAAUAACAAUAUGCAGAAAGAGCAGGCUGGUAAAACUUUCUUAAAUGUAACACUAGAGGAUAUGGCUGACGAAUAGUAAUGAGCUUUUAUUGUUAACCAUUAUUUAUUUAUAACUAGUUGAUAAGAUAAUGUUUUAUACUUUUAAUUUUUUCGAAUAAACGUUUUAUGCUUUUGUAA